UGGAGGGGGAAGACCCGCAACGAGGCGGGAAUCCUCGCAUCAGGAAGCGCAAGAGCGACAGACAGCAGGGCUUAGAGAUGAUGCAGAUUUUAGGGCCACUGCGCCACCCUUAGGAGUGCAGAGGGAUAGUAGGCAUUGCAGGCGUUUAAAAGCGCGGUUUGGCGCACGGGGGGAACAGUGAGAAUCGGAGCCUGCAUGAGUAAAAGUUCGCUCGGGAUUUUCUAGCGCAUCCACGGGGAUAGUUAUCAACAACAUGGCAAACAAAGGACAGCACCCUCCAUACCUUCAUCUGGCGGAGCUCACCGCCUCCCAGUUUCUGGACAUUUGGAAUCACUUCGACACGGAUGGUAAUGGCUACAUUGAAGGUAAGGAGCUGGAGAACUUCUUCAGAGAACUGGAGGUUGCACGAAGAGGAGCUGGUGUGGACCCAACAAACGUUUCUUUCAGAGAGAAGAUGAAAGAGUUCAUGACGAAAUUUGACAAGAACAAAGAUGGGAGAAUUGAGAUGUCAGAGUUGGCUCAGAUCCUGCCCACAGAAGAGAACUUCCUGCUCUGUUUCAGACAGUUUGUCGGUUCCAGCGCUGAAUUCAUGGCUGCCUGGCGAAGGUACGAUACAGAUCGCAGUGGCUACAUUGAAGCAAAUGAACUGAAGGGCUUCCUCUCAGACUUGCUGAAGAAAGCAAACAGACACUAUGAUGACCAGAAGCUGCACGAGUACACACAGACAAUACUCAAGAUGUUCGACCUGAAUGGAGAUGGAAAGCUGGGUCUCUCUGAAAUGGCAAGGCUUCUUCCUGUCCAAGAAAACUUCUUACUGAAGUUCGAGGGCAUUAAACUGACCUCUGAGCAAUUCAAUGCCAUCUUCACAUUCUAUGACAAGGAUGGCAAUGGCUACAUUGAUGAGCAGGAGCUUGAGGCUCUUCUGAAAGAUCUGUAUGAGAAGAACAAAAAGGAGGUGGAUACUAAGAACCUGACUGGCUACAAGAAGAGCAUCAUGGCGCUCUCCGACGGUGGCAAGCUGUACCGCACAGAGCUGGAGAUCGUCCUAUGUCGGGAGCCCAUGCUGUGAACCCGCUCCACUUCCUCUUCCUGUUGACCCUUGACCCAUGACCCUUUCAGACAUGACCGUCUUCUCACCCACUUCCAGCUGCCUGACGACUGUAACCAUGUGCAUGUUCCGGGCACUCCCCUCCAUGAUUUUUGAAUGAAUGUGCACAGAGAAGCACAAAUAGCAAGUCCUUCCCUCCCCCAUCACCUCUCCUCAAACCUUUCAGGUGCAGAUUUGACCCGGCUAUGACUUCGCCCCUCUGUUCAAUUUUUAAACUAUAAUGAAUGAAUCUUACUGACUAAGGAAUCUCAGCAGAUUUAAUGGUUUGGAGAAAAAAAAAUUGCAAGAUUAUGAUAUGAUAGGUGACUUUAACAUUGCCUGGUUUAGAGUUUCUCCCUCUAGUUUGUUUGUUAUGGCCUUCAUUCCCCUUUGGUCACCUCUAGAUUUGAUCCUGUCGCUCUUCCUGAUUUCACUCAUUUCCUGUUUAUGUUCUGGGGUUUUGCUGGCGGUUUUAUGGCUGAUACUGUUAGAGGGUGUUACAGAACUAAAAGAUACAGUAUGUGAUGAUAUGUAUGCUCAGUUUGAUGUAUUUAUUUGGGAAAUAAAUAAAUAAAUGAAUGGCUUCUUACCAUAUAUUCUAUAUGGAGUCACAUGAUA